AUUAUUAGUCUUUGGAAGUACUGCAGUAUGAUGUCUUCUGAAGAUGGCAGAUUGCUUUUAUCCCUUCAUGAGCAUUCUGUCUUUUUGAACAGUAUAUAGGCAUUCCUCUCCCUCUCUUUUGGAGGAAUUAUGGGCAUGAGACUGUUAACUCAUUAAGUAACAUUGGACUUCUUCCGGAUGAUUUCUUCUCUUCAUCGGUGUGUUUUGACUCUUCAUCAAGAAUUUUGCUCAAUCUUUGCUUCAGAAAAGGGUUAGGUCCCAGCAUUUGUUGAACUUUUAAUCUUGGUUGAACCUAGCUUCUAAAUCACCUGGUGAUUCUUACAUCAUCAUGCUACGGAACAUGAUGUGAAGUUGAGAACUAGUGACAAUGAUGCACCGAUAAUCUGUCUAAAUCCAUUAUUUAUUGUUCUGGCAUGGAAUUUGGAUGGCUGGAGGGUCAGUAAGCACUGUUGAGUUUUGAGGAAUCUACCUUGGCCACAAGAAUACAACCAGCUAACUUUCUGGCUUUUCUCGAUCAUAGACCCUAAUCUGCUUCCGCGGUUCCCCUUGUGAUUUGAAGGUCACACUUUCUUAGCUGUUGCCCUCUUGUUCUGUGGAUCUGAUUCUAUGGCUUCUGAAUUCUCUCAUUUCCAUCGAGUGUGCUGGUGCGUGGGCAAGUCGGCAACUAGCUAGCUUGGGCAUUCUGCCUAUCAAAAUGAGAAAAAUUAUGAGAAAUUGGACUCUUAACCGAUGUCCGUCAUUAGUUACUAUAGUAACUUUAAUUUGCAUUCAGAUUCUGUGCUGUUAUGUCGAAUUGUGGAGUUUAUUUCAUCUUUUUAUGCUAGAACUGGUCCAUGCUUAGAAGUAAAUCCUUGAAGAGUUCUUUAUAUUCUUCUGAUGAAAAUUAGUUACUUUCUCAAACUGUAGGCUCAUAUAGUUGGGUUGGUAAGAAAAUCAGGAGGACAGAACUUUAAUAGUGGCAUGUUCAGAGGGUUUAAGCUUACGCCAUGUUCGGUGACCGCAUGAAUAGUGUAGGACUGGUAGAAUGAAUAGUAUUCUGUGAGAGGAAAUAAGCCAAGACAAGCCAAGUCUAGAUAAGCCGAACAGCCUCUUAGAUGGGCCCUGUUCAUUGCUUAAUAAUUAACCUUAUUCUGGGCUGGGCCUGCGCUAUACAGAUCACUGUAUGACAGUAGUAUCUGAUCCUUGGGUUGGUCACUAGGUCUUCUGUUUGCAGCACCAACUGUAAUCGAUCUUCAUUCAGAGCCCUCUUUAUUCUGAUCUCUCGAUUUGAUCCAGCUGGUGCGUGGUUGUUAGUAGUACUAGUACCAGCAAUUCUAUUCCAGGACUUGGUUUCCACUUUUGCCCUUGCGUUUGUCUAUUGCAUCAGGCUUACCUAGCCUUCUCACUUUGGACAAUCUUUAUGUAAGGCUGCAAGGGUUAGUUGUUCCUUGUUGAGCCCUGCAAGGAAUUGACUGUGUCGAGCUCCGAUCUACUCCACCCUUUAAGUAAAGCUCCUUCAGUUCACAAACUUGGCAAGUUAGAAGGUUAUCAGGCAUUCCCAAAAAUGAUUGCAACAUCACUCUGAGUUCAAGUAUCAAACACAGAUGUAUUCCCCUCCCUGCACCGAUCCUGAAAGCGAGGACAACCAGUGCUUCGCAAUCGGAACUAACCUGCUUGCUUCACUAGACCACGGCAUGGAUUUUGAUGGGCCUAUCGUCUUUCCAAUGAACAAUGUAGGCGUGCAAGAGGGGGUUCAGCUUUACAAUUCUGCUGGGGAUACUCAGCUAAGUAGAAAUAUGAACACAGGCAGGUGUUUAAAGGGUGGUAAAAGGAAGGGUUCUGGAGAGGACAGUUCAUCACUACAUUCUAUAGAUGAAACCGGUGCAUUGUUGCAGCGAGAAGUCAGCAUGGAGUGUCCUGAUGAGAAGCCAGGUGAUGCUGGUACCAACAGGGAGGACUACGUGCAUGUCCGGGCAAAGCGCGGCCAAGCCACCAAUAGCCACAGCCUUGCAGAAAGAUUUCGAAGGGAAAAGAUAAAUGAAAGGAUGAAACUUCUUCAAGACCUCGUCCCAGGUUGUAACAAGAUUACAGGCAAGGCCAUGAUGCUUGAUGAGAUCAUAAACUAUGUACAAUCUCUGCAGCGGCAGGUUGAGUUCCUUUCAAUGAAGCUCUCAGCUAUCAGUCCUGAGCUGAACCGUGAUCUCGAUCUGCGAGAUGUAAGAUUGCAAUUUGCAAAGUCCAACUGCGGGGCAAAGAACGGAUACAGUCCACAACUUAGCAGCGUGCAUCUUAACCUGUUCAGGGCAUCUCAGCAAGGUUUCUCGCGUCCAGAACCAUACGGGAUGACCCCAAAUCCAGCAAAUGUUCAUGUGGCAAGACCGGUUCAGCAGUUACUUCAGCUACCUGCAUUUCCACAGAGAGGAGUCGUCUGGGACGAGGAACAUCGCACCAUUGCUCCGGAUGCUUUCACUUCAGACGUCGGUGCUGGUGCCUUAGAGAAUUCUUGUGCUUUCCCAGCUUCUCCUCCAUUGCCAUGUUCUGCAUUUUUCUUGCAGGCUGCAGCUGCGUUCAACUUUGUGAAAUUUCUGAAGGUCCAUUUUGAUGUUACAGAUUCAAUGAAAGUGGAGUAACAAUCCUGCGGCUCGAUGGUGAGGACCUCCACAUGAUCACAUCUGAAAGCCUUGACAAUGACAACUUAGUAUGUUGGUCUGCUAUUGGGAAGCUUUUGCAAGUUGCAACGGUGGCACGGCCUCUCCUGGGAUGAACUAAUUAACCUUGGCCUUUAAUGAUGAACACGCAUCAUGUACAGUUGACUGAUCAAGGGGGUGAAAAGUUUGUGAUCUGGUCAAAAAGAUAAUGUACUAUGUUGGCCUGGAGCCCUGGAAUUUGUGACAUAGCUGGAUUAGUGAUUUGGCGAGUGAUUCUACCUAGUUAUUUGCUUGGACAACCCAGUUUUUGAGAAGCUUGAUAAAGUUCUGGUUAGUA